CAUUACUGUGUAUUUGUCGACGCAUAACGAUUGGCUAUUCGACGAAAAUAUAUAUCUUGAUUAAAUCUGCUUCGAAAAAAUCGAGUUAAUGUAACUUAAGUUGUAACUGAUUGAAAAGUGAUAAAUUUCACACAAUUCCCGUAUUGCUUUGAUGAAAAUAGAAUAAAAGUGUGAUCACAAAACUAGCGUAAAUCUGUUGUGACGUACAUGAAUUAUUCAAUUUAAAAACAAUUUUUUUUCCUUAUAAAGACAGUUAUUUUAAGUGAUUUCUUUGGUUGUUUGGAAUGUUAAAAAAUGACAUUAAAUGUAAAAACUUCUGUUUCAAAUAGCAAACGUAAUAUAUGCGUAAUUGUACUGGGAGAUAUUGGUCGAAGUCCACGAAUGCAAUACCAUGUAAAGAGCUUACUUCAACACGAUUUUAAUGUUGAUCUUAUUGGGUAUGGCGAAACAAAUCCGAUUGCUGAAAUUGGCCAAAAUCCAAAGUGUAGUGUUCAACAAUUAGUCGCUUUUCCCGAACUAAAUUUGCCAAGUCUAUUGAAAUAUCUAUUCAAAUCAAUAUGGCAAAUGUUGAGCUUGUUCAUUGCAUUAUUCAAUAUUCGACGGCCGGAUUGUAUUUUGUGUCAAAAUCCACCUGGGAUACCAACACUUUUUGUGUGCUAUGUAUACUGUUUGCUAUUCAAACGAUGCAAAUUCAUUAUUGAUUGGCACAAUUAUACAUAUACCAUUUUAAGCCUAAGCAAUGACACGACUGCAAGUGAUGGCUCUUCGACCGUCUGUAUAAAUCCUCAAAGACGUAUUGUAAAAUUGGCAAAAUGGUUCGAAUCAUACUUCGGACGAAAGAGUUCUGGGAAUUUUUGCGUUACCAAAGCCAUGCAGAAAGAUCUGCAAACAAAUUGGGAUAUCAAAGCCACUGUACUCUACGAUCGGCCAGCUGCACAGUUUCAAUCCAUUUCGCUGGAGCAAAAACACGAUCUAUUUUUCAAGUUGGCAACAGAUUACUACGAAUUUCUACCGACCAAUAUCAACACAGAGGAGUUCCAGGCCACACGUUUUACUUAUAAAGACUCAGAUGGAACGGUACAUUUACGUGAUAAUCGACCAGCAAUUCUCGUUUCUUCCACCAGUUGGACUCCAGACGAAGACUUUUCAAUUUUGUUGAAAGCAUUAGAUCGCUAUGAAAAUACUGUCAAAGAGGAACAAUCGCACUAUCCACAUUUAUUCUGUAUAAUAACUGGAAAGGGACCACAAAAAUCUUCAUACAUGGGUCAAAUUGCAAAACGUAAUUACAAAAACAUCACGAUUGUAACGCCGUGGCUGGCCAUUGAAGAUUAUCCAUUGUGUUUGGCUGCGGCCGAUUUGGGAGUAUGCUUGCACUACAGCUCCAGUGGUCUGGAUCUACCGAUGAAAGUGGUAGACAUGUUUGGUUGUGCAUUGCCUGUGUGCGCUGUUAAUUACAAUUGUAUCGGAGAGCUUGUACAACAUGGCAAAAAUGGUUUUCUGUUUGAAACCUAUUUGGAGCUUUCUCAACAAAUUUUAACAUGGUUCUACGACUAUCCACACAACACAACUCUUGCCAACGUGAAAGAAGAGUUUAAUCAAAGACUAAAAGAUUUCCAAAACUUGGGUUGGGAUGAUAAUUGGAAGGAGCAUGCUUUGCCAGCUUUUUUGGAAUAGCUUUAAUGCGCAAUUGGCAUUUACAAAAUGAGUUAAUAUGGUCAUUGUUUUUUUCAUUCGUUUAACUCAAUACAUUCGCACGCAUUUUGCUAGUUAUGCCUUAUUUUUUUACUGAUUACUGAUCAAUAACAAACUUUCAUUUACGCCGUAUUUUUUGCUGUUGCAACAUCAACAACGAAAUAAUAUGAAUGGCAUUGAGUGAGCUUAUAUUCAUUACAUUCUGUAAUUGUGGAUAUCAAAAUAAUAUUUGUAAUUUGUCUUUUGAAAUAAUAAACGGAAUAAAAAUAUAGUCAACA